GUGAAUUAGUGACAAGUCAAUUUAAGAUUGCAAAAGUGCAAACCAUGCUCAAAGCCAAAAAAAGCUACACAACAAUAGUUUCUGAAACGGGUAACCGGAGCUUCCAGUCACCCCCACAAACACCACCAUUUCAAAUUCUUAACACUCACUUUCUCUUCUCUCCUCACUCAUUCCCUCCUUUCUUCUUCUUCCUCCCAUCCCUUUCUUCGCCCACAUUUUCUCUCUCCUCCGCAAACCAAAAUACACACUUCCACAAAAUAAAGCACUCAUCUUUUUUCACCCUUAACCUUUUCACCUCAAACCCAGAAAAAAAUGAAGCUAACCCAUUAUUCUUUCCUCCUUUUUCUGCCCCUUUUUCUCAUAUGCCCACCAACUGUUUGUGAAAAUGCCGAGCUGAAGACCCUCAUUGAUAUCAAAACCUCUGUUGACCCUCACCAUACAUUUCUUUCUUCUUGGACUGUUAAUGGGGAUCCUUGCAGUGGUACAUUUGAGGGUGUUGCUUGCAAUGAGUUUGGCAAAGUUGCUAACAUUUCAUUGCAGGGUAAAGGGCUUGAUGGGGUUUUACCUGCCGCCAUUGGUGAGCUUAAGAGCUUAUCUGGGUUGUAUCUGCAUUUCAAUAGGUUGAGUGGUGAGAUUCCUAAAGAAAUUGCUGGGUUAACUCAGCUUACUGAUCUGUAUUUGGAUGUCAAUUACUUCAGUGGCAAUAUUCCUGAACAAAUUGGAAAUAUGUCUAAUUUGCAAGUGUUGCAGCUAUGCUAUAAUAAGUUAAGUGGGAAUGUGCCAACACAAAUAGGUUCUCUCAAGAAGCUUAAUGUUCUUGCUUUGCAGUAUAAUCAGUUAACUGGUGCUAUUCCUGCUAGUUUGGGAGGCUUGGAUAUGUUAACCAGGUUGGAUUUAAGCUUCAAUAGGUUGUUCGGUUCGAUUCCAGUCAAGUUAGCUGAAGCACCCUUGUUGCGAAUUCUUGAUGUUCGAAACAAUACUCUUUCUGGGAAUGUGCCUGCUGCUCUACAUAGAUUGAGUGAUGAAUUCCAAUAUGAGAACAAUCCAGGUUUAUGUGGAGUUGGUUUCGCUUCCUUAAGAGUUUGCUCUGAUUCUGACAACCAAAGCAAGAGUAAACCCGAAGCUUUUACACCAAGUUCUUCUGGCUAUGCAAGGAAAGAUCUACCUGAAUCAGCAAAUCUCCCCUCAAAUUGCAGCGGAGCGCAGUGCUCAAAAUCUUCUAAGUCCUCCCAUGCUGGUAUUAUUUGUGGGGUUGUUGCAAUUGCGUUGAUCACCGUUAUUGGUCUUUCAAUGUUCUCAAUGUACCGCCGCAGAAAACAAAAGAUUGGAACCAACUUGGAUACUACUGAUGGUCGGCUUAGCACGGACCAGGUUAAGGAUGUUCACAGGAGAAGUGCUGCACCUCUUAUUAGUCUUGAGUAUUCAAAUGGGUGGGAUCCUCUGGGAAAAGGUUCACAAGAAUUAUUUGAGAAUUAUAUGUUUAAUUUAGAGGAUGUCGAGUCUGCUACCCAGCACUUUUCUGAAGUGAAUUUCCUAGGGCGGAGCAAUUACUCAGCUGUUUACAAAGGAGUAUUAAGAGAUGGAUCUAUAGUUGCUAUCAAGCGCAUAGCCAAGACAGGCUGCAAGACUGAUGAAGCAGAGUUCUUGAAGGGAUUGAAGAUCCUGACUUCCUUGCAGCAUGGAAAUCUUGUCAAACUGAGAGGAUUUUGCUGCUCAAAGGGGAGAGGAGAGUGUUUUCUAAUCUAUGAUUUUGUUCCUAAUGGAAACUUGCUUCAGUAUCUCAACUUAAAGGAUGGCACCGACAAAGUUCUCAAUUGGUCUACUAGAGUUUCCAUUAUCAAGGGCAUUGCCAAAGGUGUUGAUUAUAUACACACCCCACAGGGAAGUAAACCUGCUUUGGUUCACCAAAAUAUAUCGGCUGAAAAAGUGUUGAUUGACUGGCGCCUUACUCCACUACUCGUGGGAUCUUGCCUCUACAAGCUCCUCGCCGAUGAUAUUGUCUUUUCAAUGCUGAAAGCCAGUGCAGCCAUGGGUUACCUUGCUCCGGAGUACACAACCACUGGGAAAUUUACUGAUAAGAGUGAUGUAUAUGCUUUUGGCAUAGUUCUAUUCCAAAUUCUCUCAGGUAAAACUAGAAUUGACCAGUCAAUUCGUCAAGGUGCUGAGUCUGGAAGAUUUGAAGAAUUUAUUGAUGCAAACCUACAUGGGAAGUAUUCAGAAUCUGAAGCUACUGAGCUUGGUAAAAUAGCUUUACUUUGCACCCACGAACUCCCUCAUCAAAGGCCAUCAAUAAACACUGUGAGACAAGAAUUAAGUCUGCUUGAUGACAGUUCUUGAAUUAGGAGAUUAUUUUCUUGCCCAGAGUUUUUCCAAUUAGUGACAAAUGGGCAAAUGCUAACUGCCGGCUAAUCUCAUUUGCGGUGUAUAAGUCAUUGAUGUAACCAUCUAUGUAAUUGUUGUAGCUUAAGGUUGUUUGUAGGCUAGUCUGUUAGUCUGUUGCUGUUAUAGAAAUUUAGUGCAAGUGCCAAAUGCACAACUGAUGUUGUAAUCUAAUUAGAAUUUUCAGGUAGUUGUCCUCACUACUUCAAUAGUCACUACUUCACUAGUAUGGUGUUGUACUGUCUUAUGAAUUUUGUUUCUCCGACUCGCUAGAAGAUUGAUGCAGUAUUGUUGCAUAAUCUUGUUUUGAAUAAAUCCAUGGCUGAAAUUUAUAUAA